GUGACGUAAACAAGUUAAGCUGGUUGAAAAUUCAAAAAUUUCUUAGUAGUUUAUUACUUAAUUGCGGUUUAUGUAGUUUAGUUUACUGUUUUUAGUUGUUUUCAUUAGUAGAUUUAAAAUGUCAUCUAGUUCUACAAAGAAAGCGAAACAUACAGAACUGUCGUUCUUAGGAAAGUCCUACCUCAUCGCAUAUAACGGUGUUCAAACAUUGGGGUGGGCAUAUUUACUGCUGCAGUCCUUAACGUAUUUUCUAAAUCGUGGUACACUAGAAAAUUUUUGGCAAGAAAUAAAAUGGACGGUUAUAAUAUUCCAAAACACGGCACUGCUGGAGGUUCUGCAUGCAGCAAUCAGAUUGGUCCCUUCCAGCGUUUUCGUAGUACUGAUGCAAGUCUACUCCAGAGUGUUCCUGGUUGCCGGCGUCUUGCUCGCUACUGAAGCUGCCACAAUCAGUCCAGGCCUCCCCCUUUGCGUCCUCGCGUGGUCUGUAACAGAAAUAAUCAGAUACGCAUAUUACGCACUCAAUUUGGUUAAUGCAGUACCACCGCUACUUACUUUUUUCAGGUACUCAACUUUCCUCGUUCUAUAUCCUCUGGGCAUAACUGGAGAAUUGCUUUGUAUGUACCAUUCACUAGAAGAAAUUGCCGAGAAACAACUGUUCACUGUGUCAAUGCCAAAUAAAUGGAACGUUAUCUUCAAUUAUUACUAUUUCCUAGUAUUUUACAUGUUACUCUACAUACCAUUCUUCCCUUACCUCUUUGGACACAUGUUAAAGCAGCGAAAGAAAAUACUCGGAGAUAUUUCGAAGAAAUUGGCAUAAUCUGUUUUUAGUAGAAUUGUUAUUUAUAUUAAUUUAUUUAUGCGCAUUUCUUUACAUGCUCCAAUUUGGUUUAGAUCGCUCAAUUAAUAUUAUUAUAUGAACUUUUUAUUAGUGCGUAAGCGUUAGACUGACCUGUCAUAUUGAUAGGCUAAAAUCACAAUCACCCAUACCUCUUUAAGUGCUUUAUAAUAUAUCAUACAAUAUUCUUAUUUGUUACAAAAAUUGCCAUUAAGGACAAAUAGCGGCCUCAUCGGCCUUCGUAAUGAUUGCUGUAAUGACUGUGUUUAUGUUAUGUAUUCAAUAAACUUUAGUUUCGUUA